AUGGACAUGAUGAACUUCAGCAGACUUGUGUUUCCUUCAGUUCUGCAGGCAUCAAAGCGAGAGGAGAAGAAACUUCGUGUUGAGAACUGUAGACUAAAGAGAGAAAUUAAAGCACUGAAAGAGCAACUGGUUCAAACAGAAAUCCGAAAUGGAGUCCGACAGAUUCCUGUUCCAUCAACCUCUUCAGACGAGCAGAGUGAUCAUGUGACUGCUGCACCCAAGCCUGAAAAGCAUGAGGUACCUGUAGUGCCUGUAUCGGUUUCCAAAACAAGUGCUCCAGCAGGAGAACAGGUAGAGGAGAAGAAGAAGGAGAAGAAAAAGGAAAAACCUGAUAAAAAAGGAGAAAAGAAGGAGAAAAAAACUACAUCUGGAGGAGAUGAUGACUCCAAACCUGUGGAUGUUUCCAGACUUGAUCUACGUGUUGGACUGAUUGUCACAGCCAAAAAGCACCCAGAUGCAGACUCUCUGUAUGUAGAAGAAGUGGAUGUUGGAGAAGGUAUUCCUCGAACUGUUGUCAGUGGCUUAGUGAACCACGUGCCCAUAGAUAAGAUGCAAAAUCGUAUGGCUGUGAUGUUGUGUAACUUAAAGCCAGCAAAAAUGAGGGGUGUGGUCUCCCAGGCCAUGGUGAUGUGUGCAAGUUCACCAGACAAAGUAGAAAUUUUGGACCCUCCAAGUGGUGCAGUACCUGGCGAUAGAGUUACUUUUGAGACCUACCCUGGAGAGCCUGACAAGGAGCUGAACCCCAAGAAGAAAAUCUGGGAGCAAAUCCAACCAGACCUCAGCACCAAUGAUCAGUGUGUUGCCACAUACAAGGGUGUGCCAUUUGAAGUGAAAGGAAAGGGAGUUUGCAAGGCUCAAACAAUGGCCAACAGUGGUAUUAAGUAACUUAAAAAGGAAAGAAAAAGAAAAAAGGCUACAGCUUAAACCAUGAAGAGUUUCAGGAGUUUUGAUUCUGAGUUUAGCAUAAACCCAAAACAUGACCAUUUCUGCAUAACGUUUUUUUGCAUGUUUGCCACUGCAUGUUUGUUUAGUUCUGUUGCAGAAAAAAUUGUACCCUAAAACUAAAAAUAUGUACUUUUCAUUGUAUCUUUAUAUUGUCUGCACUAGUAAUGCAACAAAAUCACAUUAAAUAUUUCAUUCUUUUUUAUACCUCAAAAUGACAACAGUGGGGACUGCCACAUUUUUUUUUCAAUGUUUGUCCUCCUCCCAGAGUAGGAAUUUGCUCCCUAUAAAGUGACACAGCCAGACAUAACAAAUUAGUGUUUUCCUCCAUUUAGCUCCAAUGACAGUGCUGAGCGUCAGUUUUUAUGACGUUUGUAAACUCAUUCAUUGCUUUUUUAACUGAAUUACUCUAAUUGUUGCCUUAAGCUUGUCAGUGAUGUUCUUGGUUUGUUUACAUGUUCUUUGAUACCAGAGAAGAGAAACCAAGAGUUUCAUAUGUUCAAAACUGUACUCCUUUAAAAAAUCUUGGCCGUACCUCCUAGCAGUUUUGCAGGGUAUAAAAGUUUGUCAUUUUUGUUUAUCCCUUGGUAACUGAAAAUGAUCACUUCAAUGAGAUAGUAAAGUAAUUGACAGUUGCCUGUAACUUGGAUACUUUGUCUAAUUUUAAAUGGAUUAAAGCUGCAGUUCACUGGAAAAAGUGAGUACUUUACAAAUUUAUGUAAUUUUACAUUGUAACUCAUCUCUUUUCUUCAUAAACUAACAGCUGUCUCAUUAGUCAGUUUCAUUUAAGCCAUUGAAGCUGUCAGGUGACCUGAGAAUGUAUAAUUGUGGUUGGUAACAGUGCUGUAAACUAAAAAAAAAAAUCUGCUAUUUAAACCUUUCUGAAAGAACGCAAGAUUGAACAUGAAGACAAAAUAUGGCCAUCACGAUCUAUUACAUGAAAACAAGUGGAAAUGAAAAAAACUAGGCUGUACUUGAGGGCUGCUGUGUAACAAACAGCAUCUUGGUUCGAUAUAGGGAAAACCCAGUAUGACUAAUAUGUACUUCCAGUAUUGCUGUAUUGAUGUUUGUUACUGACCGGCACAUUUUUUAUCACUUUGACCUUUGAAAUGAGUUGUAAUUUUACAUAUUUAAGUACUUGGUAUAAACUCCUGACUCUUGUGAAUCAUGGAUUAAUGCACCUAUAUUUCAUUUUAUGUAGUGAGUAAUAAAUUUGUUAAUUUUG